AUGGCAGAACUAAACUCGGAGCCUACCACUGCAUCUCAAACCCCCGAUCCAGGUGGCGUUGAGGGUAUCCAAGUAGCAGACGAGCAGCAACAAGAAGAAAGUACAAGCAGUCGAAGUUCUUCACCCGCGUCUUCCACCACAGAGUCGCUCUACGAGAUCCACUGUGAGAUUGCGAAAUCGCUCCGAGUGGCAUGUCUUUCUGGCGAUUUGAAAACCGCGCACUCGAUAUCCUCAGCAGCUAGGGCAGAUAACAAUAGACAGCUAAACAACCUUAUUGCCCAAAAACUCUUAGUCGAUGCUUGCGAGGCCGGUCGAGCUGGUGACUUGACAGCUCUCUCACGCUUGCUACAACAUGGAGCAAAGCUUCACAGGGCAUUAGUUGGGAGUGUCUUGUCAAAAAAGCCAAAGACUAAAGCCGUCGUGGAUAGGCUCGCUCAAGCAUUCGACAUACUCGAGGAUCACGGGCUAGACUUCAAAAAAAUUCCAGACAUUGACUCGUAUGCGACCGGUAAUGUCUUGAUGCUCGAGUUCUUGCUAUCAAGAGGGGCGGACCCGAAUCAGAUCUGUUGGAACGGAUUUCUUCCGCUACGGUUUUUCGAAACUUGCCGAGCGUGGGAACUCCUCAUGGAUUAUGGGGCAGAUAAGAAACGAUCUAACUUUUUACACAACGCAAUCCAUGUUCGUGAGGAUGCAAGAUGUAUUGCACUGAUGGAGUUGGCAAUUAGCAAAGGUGUAGAAGUAAACGCUCCUGCUGGCAUGGUAGAAGUAAGCAAACCCACAGUAGGGUAUAUGAAGGCAACUAGGUGGAUUGGAAAUAGAGGCACUGUUCUCCACUGGGCCAUAAAUGGCCGGAAAGUCAGUCGUGCUCUACGAAUAAAGUGGUUGUUAGAUUAUGAAGUAGAUCCCAUGAUCGAAAACGCGAAAGGAGAUUACCAAGAAUUCUUAGUUUAUAGCGUUGUGUUGACUGUCGACAGAAGUCCAAAGGAUAUAGCAGAUGUUGUUGAGAUUCUUGGGGGAAGUGCAACAAGAGGAUUAAAGACGAUAGAUCCUAGCGCUAAGCUACCCCUGUUCGCCAAACCACCAAAAAUUUAUUCCAUUCGCAUCGCAACAGCAAUAUCGCAAACCAAAACCACAACCGUCAACUCAGUCAGUCCGCCGCCAACCUCCUCACAAACCAGUACGUCCCUCUCGCCUCCUCCCCUUCCUUUCCCCCAAACUCUCAUCCCUCUAACAUCCCCCAGACAACCUGCAACCAUGCAUCUCAUGUACACGCUCGACAGCACCGGCAAGCGGAUCUACACACUCAAGAAAGUCGCAUCAGGGGAAGUGACCAAAUCCGCACAUCCAGCACGGUUCUCGCCCGAUGACAAGUAUUCGCGCCAUCGGGUGACGUUGAAGAAGAGAUAUGGGUUGCUUUUGACGCAGCAGAAGGAUUUGAAGGUUUUGGGACAGUAG